AUGGCUGGUUCAAUCGCUGACAACGCUACCUUAUACAAUGAGAAGAAGAAGGCUUUCACUUAUGUACCACCAACACCUCCGGCUGAACUCAUCGAGUCUACAUCUUACACGUUAGACUUUACAGCUAGAAAAUUUAUAAUUGUCGGUAUCGAUCCAACAGAACAACUUCAAACAGUUGUUCUUUUAUUAACAUCGUCACGUUAUGUGAAAAUUAGUACAAAUUUUAUAAGAUGGAUAUUCUCGCUUAUGGGUAACGUACUAUUUUUUAUAUUAGACACGCCACAAAAUUAUAAGCGAACCAUAUUUCUCGAAACCGAUUCUUAUAAAAUAUCGAGUAUGGUGUAUAGCGGUUCAAACGUUCUAGUAAUUGAAUCUAAGACUGAAGACGGAUGUAGAGUUUUAUUAAACCGUAUAGAUUUAAUAAAACUCCAAGAAUUAGAAUGGUGUAUUACUGUUAGUAUUAAAGAAAAAGAAGCGAACAUAAAACCUAAAAUUAUUAAACAAAUUAAUAAUUAUUGCGAGUAUUUGAGGGAAAAAUGCUUGCAAUCGGAUUCACCACCCAACAAUUUGAGGGAAAUGGAAAUUUUCAUUCGGAACGUUGAAGUCAGGCAGAGUAUGGACACACCUAACCUCAGUCAAAUUAAAAUGUUUGCGACUACACAAUUGGCGGAACUUUGUGUAGCUCAUCGGAACGCACGAAACUCAGAAGUGCCAUAUGACAAGAAUUUCAAAAGGUUGUCAUCUUUGUCACCUAACUUUUCAACAAUAAUGGAUGAAACGGCUAAAUUGUAUGAAGACAUUGAUGCAUGUGAUGAAAUCAAUCCGUUGGAGGAUGAUAAUUUAGUUAAGUAUGAGUAUUCACCGAUAUCACCAAACUAUUCUCCAGACAACAAUAUAUCAAUUAAACAGGAAGUUGCCACUACAUCUAUUCUAGUUAAGGUAAUUUAUAUAAUAUCUGUCUUCAAAUAA